AUGAAUUAAAAUUUUUUCGACAGUGCGAAUCAAAAAUAAGUAUCACUAUAUUCUUUAUUUAAUUUAAGUAACUUUACAAAGCAUUAUCAAAAUACAAUGGUCCUACAACUUCUACUCCAAGUAUAUUAUCAGAAUAUUUAUCAUCUGCAAAAACAUAAACAUCAAACAAUAAAAAUAACUUUAAUUAAACAAGGCCUUUACUCAGUCCAUAAAAUAUUACUAAGCCUAUUUAAAAUGAUUCAUUAAGAAUUAAAACUUCCACUCUUCACUUUACUUAAAAACAACCAGUUUCUCAUCAUAUUAAAAGUCUUUCCUCAGAUAUAAAAUAAUAACCAUAACCUCCAAUUAGAAGGAGAGCCAGAUAAGAAAGAAUAAUAUUUUAAUCAGAAACAUAAUAAGCUCCAUUCUUGAUCAUAUAAAAUAAAGUAAGAGAUACAAGAAGAAUGGAUACUUUCAGAAAGAAUACUUUGCCCUCUAUACAAUUAGAAUCUUAAAGAAGCAUCUAAAAUACAAGUCCUAAAAUAACAGAUAUUCCUUUAGUGCCAAUUUAAUAAUUAACAGAAAUUCAAGAUUCAAAAAGCUAACUUUUUUAAGAAGCACAAAAAAUUUAUAUAGAUUAAGUAAAUAAACCAAAUGAAAAUGAAUUUGUUAAUGAAAAUAAAACAUCAUCUGAGUUCUUUAAUCUUAUAAAAAGAUAGGUGAGUAUUACUGAACCAAUUAAUGUACCAAUCUCUGAUAAUUCUAUUGAAAAUUAGAAUUAAUAAGAAAACUUAUAAGUUGAAAAAGAAGCGAAUUUCGAUGAAGAUGAAUUAUAAUCAAUUAAUGCUAUGAAAAAAUUAAGCGUUAAAAUGAAAUUUAAAAAUGCUGUGUCUCAAUAAGUUUAAAACAUGUUUAAAAAUAGAGAGGUAAUCUUAUUUCUAUUAAAAUAGUUAAAAUCAUUAUUUACUGUUAUCAUUUCACCUGAAUUUUGCUCAAAAAACGAAGAAGAGAGAUAAAAAAUUAGCAAUUAAUUUGAAUAAGGAAAUUUUAUACUAGCAAAGAAUUUAUAAAAUAUAAAAGUUAAUUUUAAAUCUCAAAAUUCUAAUAAGUUCAUUAAAGAACAAUACAUCUUAAAACAUAAUCAUAAAAUUCAUGCUAUUGUUUAAAAUUAAUUAUAAAAACUACAUACUACCAAUAAAGCAUUUUAAAGAAAAAUAUAAAUGAUUAAGGAUACACAAUGGACUACCAAAGAAUGCGAUUAACCAUAAUUAUAAUAAUUUUCUUUAUUGAAUAAAUUUAAGAAAUAAUCCAUCUUUUAAAAUUAAAUUUUUAAAGGCGAAAUAUUAUAAAAUAAUUUGGAAUAGAUUUUACCAAAUCUAAUGGAUGAUUCUAAUAAACUAACUAUUACUAUUACAAAUACACUUUUUUAAAAUACAACUUUGGAAUUUAAUAAACCUAAAUUUAUUGUUCAUAUGGAUUCGAUUAUUGAUGAAUAAGUAAUUCAACCAAUCUCACCAUCAAAAAAAGCAAUUUUACAUUCAUCUUCUUUACAUUCCUCUUUUAAGUUGCAAAAAAUUUAAAAUUCUGCUUCUUAGUCUGUUAUUGUCAAUAAAGAUCUUAUAUCUAAUCACAAUAUUUAUAAUAGUAUUUAAAACUUCAAUGUGGUUGAAGAUAACAACAAUUUAGAUAUUAAUUAAGAAUAUUCUAAAGUAAGAAUCCAAAUAUUCAUAUUAGUCAAAUUUAUAUGUGAGACUAUAUUAUCAAAAUAGAUUACAUAAAAUGCCACAAAAAAUUUCAUAUACUUAGCAUAAUUUGAAAGAGAUAGAAGAAGUAUUUUACUAAUAUGUGUCUAUGAUAACUGGUUCUUAAAUGUAAAUCUUUUAUUUAGGAUUAGUUCUUUCUAAACAAGUCAACAUUUUACGAAAUAAGGUAAAGGUAGCAUAGAAUUUUCAAAUUUAGUUUAAGAAUCACAAAUUUAAUUUGAGAGAUAUGAUAUUAUUUAGAAAAGAAAAUAGUUUUCAUUUGAUUUUGACAAUUCUAUUAGUUUAAUAUCUAGUUAAUCAGAUUAGAGUAAUUCAUUUGAUCAGAUUUUAGAAGAACCAAAUCAAAGUAAUUGAUUUAAUAAAAGUAGAUUAGGACUGAAAGUUGAUGAAAGACAUGAGAGUAAAAUGAAAAAUAUAAUUUAAUCAAUGAAAAAUUUAAGUGAUGAUUCUGAAUCAUAAAUUUUCGUUGAGGAUGUGGUAAAAAAUCAAAAAUGUAAUUCAAAUAUAAUAAAUUUAGAAGUUUCAACAGGUUUGUUAAAUACUAUAAAAAAAGUUAAAAAUAAAUAUCAUUGUCCAUUGAAUGGAUAGGUUAUAAUGAGUAUAUUGGAUUAAAGUACUAAGAAUGAUCUAUUAACAUUUCAAAUGAUGGAAUAAUCUGAGGAAUAUAUUCAAAAAUUAAUUCAUGGAGAUUAUGACACAAAUGCAUUAACAAAUUUAGAUACUUUUUAUUCUUCAUAAGAAUUAAGAAAAAUGAUAGUUCAUGGUAUUGAAAUGAGAUACUAAAACAUACUAAUAGGGAGAUAUUAAAGUUAAUAAAGAAUGAUUGAUGUUGAACAUUCUGAUUUGGUGUAAUCAUCAAUUCUUGAAGCUCCUUAAUAAUAUAUUUCUUCCUCUUAACAAUCUCAAUAAUCUCAUUAAUCUUCAGAAUUCUAAUUGCUUCAAAAACAAAAAUUAAUUAGUCUCAAAUAUUAAGGAAGAAGCAGAAAUUUAUAAAGGGAUAGUUUAACUGUCAUUAUUAAGCCAAAGCUCAAUUCAAAACAUACUGCAAAUUCACCAGAUGUAACUAAUGUUCACAGUAAACCAACAUCAUAAUAUACAAAUUAACUUACUUAUAAUAUAUUUACUUAGGCAUCAACAUAAUAUCUAACUAAACCCACAAAUCAAUCAUAACAAUCAGUCAAAGUUUCAAGUGUUUAAAAUCUAGAAGAAAAUCUUUCACAUGUAGAGAUAAGUCCCUAAUCAUCCUUAAAAUCAAUAAAAUCUAAAUCAGGUAUUGAUACCUCCAAUAUUAUAAAUUAAACAAAUCCUCCUAAAAUCAGAAAAAGCUAAAAUAUUAAAGAAUUUGAUAAAGUGACAAAAGAAAAAGUAGGUCAUCAGAAAGAAUAAAUUUAAUUAAAAGAAGAAAUAAUGUGUUCAAAGAAAUAAAAAUCAACUAAUGUUUCAUUAAUUUAAUAACCAAUUUUAGAUAAUAAAGUAUUAACUAUAAUUGAAUUUAGACUUUAAGUAUGUUUUCAUAUUCUUUACGUAUGAGAAACUAAGCUCUCGGUCAUAGUAGAAGAUAAAACCUCGAUUAAUUCAAAAUAUUAGAAUAAUUAAUUUAUGAUAAUGAUUUUCAAGAGGUACAUUUGAAAUAAUUAAAAGUUCUAUGAACAUCUUUAAUAAGUUCCAUCAAUGUAUAUAGAUCGUAGAAUAAAGAACAAUGAUACUUUAUUGACUUUAGCUUCCAAAAGCGGAUGUAAAGAAAUGAUAAAAGAACUUAUAAAGAAGGGAGCAGAUAUUAAUAUUUAAAAUGUAUUUUUUUACUUAAGCAGGAUGAUGGAAACACAGCUGUCCAUCUAGCUCUUUCAUAUGGCCAUUAUAAAAUUGCAGACAUACUAAUCGGAGCAGGAGCCAACACUAAUAUUCUAAAUAAUAUUGGUAAAAAUGCUUGGAGUAUAUUAUGA